UGGGACGGGAAAGAAGACAAGAAUUGCGAGUCUCGGGAGCGGGACAUGUCACAGUCGGUCGUCAUCAUCGAGGAGCCACGACGAGAGUGGAUCCGUCAGAGCAAGGUUGCUGUGAGUGAGUUCAGCAGGUUUUCUAGUUUUAGGGUUGUAGUACAUUCUCCUUACAUCUGAGAGACAAAGGUCGACACUCGAAUGGAAAUGCAUUCAUUCAUUCAUUCAUUCAUUCAUUCAAUGUGAUGGUUGAAUUCUCUUGAAAUGGGAAAAGAGGAGGAGGAGAAGAAUGUCCAAGGUGCGAUCGUCGUGCAUGACAAGGACGAUCGCUCCCGGAAGAGGAAGCUGCUGGAUGCAUCAUCGGGAGCAGCUUGGGGAGCCAACUCGUACUCUGUUGCUAAAAUCAACUCCUUCAAAGAGAGCGCGAAUGAUCCUGGCUUUGACGAUUUUGGCAGGUACUUUGCAGAGAAGCAACGCAAGUUGAGGGAGCAAUAUCAUGCAGAUUCCUCUAGUAAAGCUUUAAGAGAUGCAGCAGCGGCAGCUGCUGCUCAGCACAGUGAUCAUAAAGCUGGUAGUUCCUCUGAGAUGGUUUCUGCGAAAUCAAACACCAUAUUUCAAGGAGUGUCUAUAUUUGUCGAUGGAUUUACUACUCCCACACAUCAGGAACUGAGAUUCAUCAUGAUGAAUAAUGGAGGAAUCUUUGAGAACUACUUUUCAAGGCAGCGAGUCACUCACAUCAUUUGCAGCACUCUUCCGGACAAUAAGAUUAUGAAUCCAAGGAUGCUUAGUAGAGGGUUGCCAAUCGUUAAGCCGGAGUGGAUUGUCGAGAGUAUGAAUGCGAACAAACUACUUCCUUGGGAGAACUACCAGCUUGAACGAAUCGCGUAUGCUCACCCCGGCCAACAAACAAUUGCUGCCAGAUUUGCUGCUUAUAGAGAAGCUUCUCCAUCCACAAAUGCGCUCGUUUCUGUUGAUUCAGAAACUGCCUUCCAAGUUGGUUCCAUGGAGGGUUCAGUUCAUUCUGUUGCCAAGGUUGGGCCCGUAGAUACUUUGGCAUUACAAAAUGAGAGAGCUGGCAAGUCAUCUGAACCCGAUGGUUUCAGUACCGUGCAAAUCGAAUCCCAAGAGAAGCUCCAAAUAUUGCCUGAGAAUUACAAAGCACCGGUGUGCCUUGAUAUGGUGCCUUUCGUGCCCUCAGACAGUGCCCAGGAAAAGAUCAAAGAAGAUACUGAGGCAGAUAACUCAGCUCUAAACAUUGCGAAUGACGUCCAUGCCCUUGAAGCAAAUCAUCUGGGUAAAAAUGACCACCAAAAGCUUGCUUCAGGAGAGUUCGUUAACCGGCCCUUUCGUUCUUCUCUGAGUGACACAGACUUCGUGAAAAACUUUUUCAAGUUUUCCAGGCUCCACUUCAUAGGAACCUGGCGAAACAGAUAUCAAACUCUAGCAAGCAGUUUUGGGAAGGACGGAGCAGUGAAGAGUAAAGAUCGUGAAUUGAUGGAGGCAAAUCUUGAUGGAAAACCCAUGAUUAUUCAUCUAGAUAUGGAUUGCUUCUUCGUAUCAGUGGUGGUCAGGAACCGCCCAGAUUUAGUUGGAAAGCCAGUUGCUGUUUGCCACUCUGACAGCGAAAAAGGAACCGCAGAAAUUUCUUCGGCAAAUUAUCCUGCAAGGUCCUUUGGAAUCAAAGCAGGAAUGUACGUUCGAAGUGCGAAGGCACUUUGCCCGGACUUGAAGAUUGUGUCCUAUGAUUUCGCGGGAUAUGAAGAGGUUGCUGAUAAAGUUUAUAACAUUUUGCAUCGACAUUGCACGAAGGUGGAGGCCGUCAGCUGUGACGAAGCGUUUCUGGACGUCACCGGCCAUCCAGAUCCUAUUGAUCUAGCUUCAAGAAUUAGAGAGGAAAUAUAUGCAGCAACUCGAUGCUCUGCUAGUGCCGGCAUUGCUGAAAAUCUUCUCCUGGCUCGACUAGCCACAAAGAGGGCUAAACCAAAUGGCCAGUUCGCAAUCAAGUCGGAGGAGGUACGACAAUUCAUGGCUGCUCUUCCCGUUGAUGAGCUUCCAGGAGUUGGUUGGGCUCUUCAGGAGAAACUCCAUAGUAAGAAAUUGUACACUUGCGCUGACCUGCUCUCUAUCUCAAAGGAAACUCUACAAAAGCAGUAUGGCACCAAAACAGGCAACAUGCUUUGGUGUUAUGCUCAAGGCAUCGAUGACCGGGAGGUCCAGCCUGCGCAAGAGCGAAAGUCCAUCGGAGCUGAAGUGAAUUGGGGUGUUCGCUUCGAGUGCAUGGAUGAUGCACAAAAAUUUUUGGUAACUUUGAGUAAUGAAGUGGCCAGCCGAUUACAGAGUGCUGGUAGUUGUGGUCGGACAAUUACUCUUAAGAUCAAGAAGCGAAGAGAGGGAGCUGGAGAACCUGCGAAGUAUCUUGGUCAUGGGAUUUGCGACAGCCUCAGUCGCAGUGAGACGGUUGGACACCCUACCAAUAGUGCUGAAAUCUUGUUGAGAAUCGGCCGACAACUCUAUGCAUCGCUGCACAUAGAUCCUGAAGAUGUUCGUGGAAUGGGCCUUCAAGUUUCUAGGCUGGAAUCUGUAAAUGCAGGUAAUCGGAAGAAACACUCGGCAUUAGACUCGUGGUUAGCACCACCCAACAGGCUUCAACCAGAAAAGGAGAUCCUCAACCGCAGCGUUGUCCUUGAUAAAGAGAUAACCAAACUUGACACUUCGCUGGCUCGUUCAGGCCCUUUACAGAAAGAACUUCCAGUGCCGGACCAGGCAUUGCCCUUGAGGAUAGCACCACUUUCUAUGCGUCCUGAAGCGAACGAGGUGAAACACGAGGAAACUUACGAAUCGAAACCUGUGAGAGAAAAAGAGUCGGAGCAAAGGUGUUUACCAAAUACUGCAGCACAUGCCGCACCUUCAGAAGAAAGGAGAACUGUCCAGCAGGUGUUGCAUGGGAAAGAACACAAGGUCAUCAAGCUACAAACACCUCCAAAGGGCCAGAGACAAAAAAUCAGUCCACUGUCUAAAAAAGGUAAAGGCAAGAGCAUCGCCAACAAGUCAAAACGUUCACCCUUGAACUCCGGGCUAGAGCUACAACCAGUAUCUCGACUUCCGACCCAUCCAAAAGCUGCUCGGAAAGUUUCAUUUGCUGGAGUUGAGCACGGUGAUGCAUCAGGCCGAAAACCUGUCACCCCAGAGCCACAACCAGUGCAAGAUACCCAGCACGCCUACUAUUCAGCUUCUGGACAAUCCGUUAAAAAGUCUGAUCUGGUCGAUCAUAGUUUCGUUCAACAGAUUCUAGAUUGGGUAAGCACAACAAAUACUACUCGCGGGCUUUCAUCUCAUCUGCUGUCUUCGCGCUGCUACCUGCCAGUGAGUGAAAGUGCAGAUACAACAGGUUUGGAGAAGCUUAUUCACCAGUGCGUGAAGCUCUUGACACAGUACAUAAGGACUACGGCAUCUGGAAAUCUUGAAGAAGUACACCUUAGUCUUCUCUAUAUGAAGAGGCUCGGAGGCAGGUGCAAAUUGUGGAGAGCUGUGGAAGAAGUGGCCAGACCUGCUUUCAAAGACAUUGUCGCUGAGCUGUAUGGAGGAAAACUAGCGAUAUCAUAGCUAAUUUUCACCACCUUGUGGAGCAGACAUUUAAAAAUCUAUGUGUCUAAUACAUUGGUGAUGAGCAAUCCACUUCCUCCAAACAACAGUCCGUGAAAGUGGUCCUCGGCGCCAACAUUUCAUUGUAUAUUUUGUUCAGGGCAGAUUAAAUGAUAGAUUUAUCUCGUGAAAGUUGAGGUUCCUAAUCAUACAAGAGAAUAUAGGAGCCAGAAAUUAUUAUUCGUUCCAAUGAAAAUCCGUGAGUUGAUGAAACUGGGCUUCAAACCCAGUUUCAUAAAGUCAUUGGGUUUCCUCAAGGGACAAUGUAGCGAUAGCAUUGGUCGCACUCGUCAACCUAGUGAUGAACGAUUCGUAGCUAUCUUGCUAAAGUCAAAUUAUAGGUGAUGAUGGUUUCACCUUAUUACCAUGUAUCCAUGUAUCUGCUAGGACUCAUAUAUAUGUCAAACUAAUCCAAAGCCUGUGAAAGCAGGAUUACGC